AUGUCAACCUCAUCUACCCAAUCAAUGCAAGUAGAUAUGUCAGAAACAACAGGUUCAACAACUACUGCUAGCCAGCAACCUCAACAUAUUUCCUCCAACACAAGUCCAAAUCAAUUCCUCAUAGAUUUGGAUCGUUUAAAGCUUUUAUAUGAAGCAAAGGGAAUGUCAGAACAAGAGUUUGACAAAAGAAGGAAAGAGAUUAUUGACAGAGCCACGAAUACUUCAAUCCAAGGACCCUUGGCUUCUCCUCAGCAUCAAACCCCAGAAGAUAUUCAAAGUUAUAUAAGACAAAAUUUUGGACAGUUUCAACCAUUUACUUUCACAAACCUCACCCAGAUCAAUCCCUCAGAGGAUUUAAACCAUGCACCUGAUAACUAUGUUGGUGAUAGAUUUACAUUUCAAAAUCAAAUAGCAGCAAGAAGAAUAUACUUAGACUGUAUUACUAAAAUGUAUAAUGAAUGGAGCACAAUUGGAGAUGCAUCCACGUGUGAACCUGCCAAGUUAGUCAAGUUACCAGUAUUAUGCGGUGCAGGGGGUAUAGGCAAAACCACAUUUGUUAGAAAAGCACUUGAAAAAGAGCUUCAAGAUCCAUCUAGCCCAAGGGGCGAGGAAAUCACUCAAUUAGUUCGUGAUUGUGUUGAAGGUAGCAUGAUAUUUCGAUUGGAUCUUCGAGAGGGAAUCGAUUUCAUUGUUCGCCUCCUUUAUGUCUCCAUUACUUUUGCGCCCAAGAGGGUUGAUUACGAUACUUUUCAAAAUAUUAUCAAACAAAUGUGGCCCAAUCUGACCCUUAAACAAGCCAUCGACUUUAUUCGCUUCAUCAACAAAAUACCAAAAGACUCAACUAGACUUGAGGUGCUUCACAUUGACGAAACAAAUCAAAUCACCAACACCUCUGGAAGUUCUUAUUUACAAAAUAUAUUAUUGAGCAUCACACAAAGCACUGUUCUUUCUCAAGAUACUUUCAUCGUUUGUGCCCUCUCUGGUACCCACGCAAUUGACCUGUACUCUUACUGA